AUGUCAAACCUCAAAAGCCUUCGUCAGCUAUCUAUAAGAGGUUGUCAACAUUUACAAACAGUGCCAAAUUUGGAAGUGCUCAUGAGCCUUGAGGUUCUGGAUCUUUUUGGAACAGCAGUCACUCAUAUACCAGCCCUUGAGAAUUUUAGCAACCUCAGACAGCUCCUCCUUAGGGGUUGUUCAAACUUGAAAGGGUUCAUUCAUGUGGAAAUGAUUGAUCUGUUGGGGACCACUGUUAAAGAGCUUCCCUAUGGAAUCUCAAAGUUGACUCAUCUCGAGUGCCUUGAUCUGCCACACACGGGAAAAAUACAAGGAGCUGAGAGCAGAAAUAUGAAGUCCCUGCCAGAAGUAGAGGAUCCUUAUCAGUGGAGUAUGUCUAGGUUUGACAAUCCUCACAUUGCUAUAAGUGGUAUUCAGUUUCUUCAAAUUUUAAAGAAAAACCCAUCUUCACUGGAGACACGAUUUCAUUUAUGUAUCCAUCCUACCAACGAGAAAAAUAAGAAUGGGUAUACAUAUUCUUAUAGAAAUGACCAUAUUUUCGGAGAUAUCCUCUUCCGGACUGCAGAAUUUGAUCGUUUUAAAGAGCAACGAUCACUAGAGAUACAUGGAUUCGAUCUUUUCCCCAGUGGUGUAGGGGAUGAUGUGCUCUGCAAUGCUGACUGUGUGUUUUUUAUCAAUAACACAUUCAACAAAUGGUUUUCUGAUAUUGGUGUUUCCAGCCUUCAGGCAAUCAAAGGCUAUUGGAUUGAGAGAUGCACAAAAAUGGAGGGUGUUUUUCAAGCAGGAAAGGAAGAUGAUAUCGCUGAACUGGGGUUAGAAAUUUUAGGGAUUUCAAAUGCCAAAAAUUUGAGUAGUAUACACAGUGGGAAUCUGCUAGAAAACCUCGAAGCUCUUCAAGUCAGAUUUUGUGAUAAAUUGGAGACAGUAUUUGAACAAUCAUCUCCAGAGCCUGAAUUGCAAAAUCUGGAGACAUUAUAUUUGUGGAAAUUACCAGAACUAACGAACAUUGGAUGCAUAUUGACCUCUCUACAAACUCUAAAAGUAUGGGAGUGUCCAAAACUGCAGAAAUUAGAAGACACUCUCAGAUUGGCCGAAAGUUUACAGACUUUAUGGAUUUCCAAUGUUGUUGAUUUGAAGAACAUAUACAGUGGAAGCCAGCAACUUGAAACUUUGAUUCUUGAGAGUUGCCCCAUGCUUGAAACUAUCGUCCCUUCAUUGCAGCAGCCACAAAGUCCCAUGACUAUCAAAAUCAAGUCAUCCAACAAAUUAAAGCCUGUGUUUGGAAGCGACACAUUAUUAGAGUCUAUAAUGCAGUAG